CUCUUAUCUAGAGCAAGAUAUCGAGGAGCUUCGGCGGAUCAUGCCAGGAAGACCUCAUGUUACCAUGAUCGCCCCUCUUCGGAAGGGGUGAACUCACAGCCUCGAAGUGAAGGGGCAUACAUAUAUACCGGCAGGGGAGACACAGGUCACGUCGCCAAACCCACCAUGGACCGUACUCCCACCCCCGACAACUUCAACACCAUUGCCGAAGUUGACGCUGCAGUUGAAGAUGUCCUGCAGCGCGGCAUAACUGUGGAUAUCGUUUCGGACCUUACAAGCUUCGAGCAGCCAUUCCUCAACCGGUCGGAUGAGUUCUGUCGACUCCUGGCCAUGAAGUACGUCUCCCGCCAGAACUCCGACGUGACGCGUGCGAAGAAGGAGCAAUACGAGCGCAACCGAGCGAGGUUGCAUAUGGAGGAUUCCUCGGCACUGCACUUCGAAGGUUUCAGGCGCGCGUUCGGGGAGAUCAACACUGGGAGUGACAAUGCGUUCGGCGAGGACCGAGUUCAGAGCUUCCUUGACUUGGGCUGCGCUCCAGGCGGAUCCUCGACGUGGAUCCUGCAGAACAACAGGAAUGCUAGAGGAAUAGGAAUCACUUUGUCCCCGGACGCUGGAGGCCUCCGGCUACAACUUGACUCCCCAUUUCUCGAGCAGCUCCAAGUCCGCUACGAAGAUCUGUGCAAGAUUGCGUCAGGAGGGGAAGCCAUUGAAGAUACCCCGGCUACAGGCUUUGACCUCGUCGUUGCGCAUGCCGCGAUCAUGUUCAGAGACGACGUCCGCUGGACUCAGUCCAUCGCCCUGACAUAUGCCCAACUUCUGAUCGCCUUCCAGCACAUUGCGCAGGACGGAUCUCUCGUCAUCAGUCUCAGGUCGCGCCCAUUAAACUGGGUCGUCGAUAUCGUUCGGGCCCUUGAUGAGGCAUUCACGUCGGUGCAUGCUGUGAACACAAUGUAUCAGGGAAGAAGACCCUUCGUCAAUGUCGUGUGCAGGGGAUUCCGCGCGGGCACGGAUGAGAGAAAUGAGUACAUCCGCCGCCUCCGUCUGUGUGUCAGGUACUUCGAGACUACCACCGGGCCCGUCGACGCACCGAACGGUGGCGCGGCGAAUAUCCCUCGUCUGUGCGGCACGCGAGACGAAGAGAUUCCGGAAGCGACAUACCAGUAUGUGUUGAACCUAUUCACCGGCGUUUGGCAGAGCAAGUAUGCUGCCAUCCGCCACAAUUGUCAAAAAGUGUUUGUGAGACGUAAUGCAGAUAGAGGCAGGCACAAACGCACUCGGGCCAUGAUGCAAGCCGCUGAUAACUCAUCGCAUACAGUGAUGAGCGCAGGCUCAGACGAGAACAAUGGAAGUUACCGCACUGCUGGACAGCAGUUAGGUGCUGCCCGUGUGUUCACACCUACCGCGCAGCCCAACGGCGGCGGCUCAUUCGCAUGGCGGAGCCGCCCCAGCGUGGAGUCGGCUGACAGCUAUAUCAGACGCCGUGACGAGAAGAAUGCCGGUUACAACGCUCUCUUCAAGCGCGUUGGCGGCGUGGGUCGCGCCGCCGAUCGCCCAGGCUCCUGGAGGAAGUACUAAAGUCGAAAGCCUUGCCUGUUAACCUACUGGAAGUACUGGAACUGCUAGCUUCGUAAGGUCCGACGCCACACGACAAAGUGUACUAUAUCUUCUUGCUUUGCAUCUGCUGUUGUGCGGUGUACGGAGAGUACACUGUUGAGCAGCUACCUUCUUGCUACGUACGAAUACACGGCUCUUGUAUCUCGCAUACUGGAAGUCUGCCGCUCAACGAAGGAUGUCCUAGAUUCUGCCAUGCA